UUUUAUGGAACUGCCAUUUCAGUGGGCAUAUUUUUUUUUUAUUGGAUUUUUUGUUGCCCUUGGCCAGUGUCCUUCCUACAUAAAAAAAAAAAGUCCCGUAACCCCCGUUGGUUAAAGACAGCAGCUGCUCUGGAGGAGACUGGCAGGCUCCACUCUCCUCAGCUUUUUUUGUAAUUUUCUAUUAUACAGUCAAUUAAUCAAUCAGUCAGUCAUUAAAGACAAGUGUCAGACAGUGAGCAGGAAGGGAGAGGUGAGCGAGGGAGGAGGACCCGUGUCAAAGGCAUCGCUCAUCAGCUGAGCGGGACCAGGCCGAGACCCAGAGGCAAACUUCACCACACAUUUUUACCGAGUUAUUUUUUCUUUUAUUUUGGUUCAGUUAGCGCUACUUCUCCCGCACCAUGGCCACCUGCUGACUCCUAACUGCUGGACAUGGAGGGAGUGGAGCGCUUCUCCCUACUGUUGCUGGAGGCGGGAGAGAUCUACUUUGAGGACUAUGCCGCCAUAUACUUGCUGCCGAAAGAGGUGCCGGCCGCUCUCAACACCUGGGAGGCCAAGUUUGAGAGUGGCACCAUUAGAGGGAGGCUCAAGGUGUGCUCCAAGUCGCUGGUGUUUGACCCGCGUGACUCCAGGGCUCCGAUUAUCAAGUUUCCUUACCGAGGGAUUGAGGUCAUCGAGGAAACAAUUUCGUCACACGCCAACGACCUCAUGUUUAAUGGGGAGGAGGUGGUGAGGGUGGUGGAGGCACGGUCUAACCUCACGGUAGAGAUGCUGGAGCGAGGAGUGUUGCAGCCGUACAGGUUCUGCCGGGAAGUCCGAACUCACCAAUUCCAGCUUAUCUAUGCAGAGGUCAGCGCUGUCUUGCCCCAAGUGUCGCAGCUUCACCGAGCUUCCACUCUCCCUCCCAAUGACCAGAACACAAUGGUCCAGGCCAUUGUGAGGUCACGGCAGCAGAGGAAGAGGUUUGAUAGAGCCUUACUGACUGACCUGAGUGAGAAAGAGGUGUACGAGGGAUUAGCCAGCAAGGUCACCCCGCUGGUCACCAACCCUGGCACUGUGCUGGUGACGGAUGCUGUGCUUUACUUCCAGUCACACAAUAAUGCUGAGAAGCAUCCUGUCAUUAGAAUUAACCUGGGAGAGAUUCGUCAGGUGAUUAAACGACGCUAUCUGCUCAGACAAGUGGGUCUCGAAGUGUUCUGUCGGGAACAUUGCAUGGUGAAACAUCUGCUACUAGUGUUUAAGAAGUGUGAAGAGCGCGACCUGGUGUACGAGGUGUUGGUGACCCAGCCUGGCGUGAGUCUUGACCUCCAGGCACAGGACAACAUGACCUUUCAGUGGCAGGCCGGCGCUGUGUCCAAUUAUGACUACCUCUGCUAUCUUAACAGCCAGGCCGACCGCAGUGAGAAUGACCUGACCCAGUACCCAGUCUUCCCGUGGGUUGUGGCGGAUUACACCAGCGCCGACCUUGACCUCAGUGACCCAGCUGUCUACCGUGACCUGACCAAACCGGUGGGCGCCCUUAAUGAGGAGAGGCUGUCGAGGUUAAAGGAGAGGUGCAAGGACAUGCCAGAACCUCGCUUCCUGUACGGGUCUCACUACUCAACACCAGGCUUUGUGUUGUACUACUUGGUCAGACAACACCCCCAGUAUAUGCUGUGUCUCCAGAACGGACGCUUCGACCAUCCUGACCGCAUGUUUAAUAGCCUGAAGGAGACCUGGGAGAACGUGACAGCCAACCCUUCAGACUUCAAAGAAUUAAUACCUCAGUUUUACAAUCCCGACACGACCCCAGAGUUUCUUAUCAAUGCCUCUAACAUUGAUUUUGGAGUGAGGCAGAAUGGGAAGCCAGUUGGGGAUGUAGAACUCCCACCGUGGGCAAAAGGAGACCCGAGCCGUGUGGUGCGUAUGCUGCGUGACGCCCUGGAGAGUGAGGUGGUGUCUGCGUCUCUGCAUCACUGGAUUGAUCUGGUCUUCGGCUACAAGCAGAGAGGGGAGGAGGCGGAGAAGGCUGACAAUGUGUUCUACCACCUGUGCUACGAGGGCUCGGUUGACCUGGGUGCUGUCACUGACCUCAAUGAUCGUCUGGCACUUGAGGUCCAGAUUACAGAGUUCGGACAAGUGCCAAAACAGCUCUUCUCACGACCCCAUCCUGCCCGCUGCUCCACCCCCCACCUCCCCCUCCACUGCGGCCCUGUGCUGGGGGGGCAGGCAUCUCCUGUGGGUGAUGAGGAAGCAGAGGCCAGCAUCGGGGCGGGGGCAGUGCCGGGUGAUGUGUGGCAGUGCCUGGGGUCGCUGCAGGUGGUGGGGGAGUGUCGGGUGCACCGGGAAGCAGUGAUGGGGCUGUCCUUUACUUGUGACACCACUAAGAUUAUGUCUGUUGGCCGCGACGCUCUGGCUAAACUGCUGUCUUUGCCCUCUCUGGAGCAGGUACGCAGUGUGAGGGUUGGUUCGAUGGCUGUCUCCUGCUGCCAACACGUUCCCGACACGAAGACAGUCUUGGUGGGAUCUUGGGAUAAUAAUGUAUACCGCUAUAGCUUGGAGUAUGGCCAGGUGAGUCUGCUGCUGCGGGCACACUCGGACGCCAUCUCCUGCCUGCAGUGGAGAGAUGGCACUCUGGUCACGGGCUCUCUGGACUGCACCGCCCGCGUGUGGAGCCUGGAAGUGAGUGCCAGCAGCGAGAGUGCCAUGGCAGCUGUGUCGGCUGGCCAGAAUAUACUGGGAGAGAUGGACCACGACUCUCCUGUCCUCUCCCUGGCCCUGCACCCCUCUGGCACCCUCCUGGCCACUGGCACUGAGGAGGGCCAGGUGGCAUUAUGGGAACUGCCACAUGGAGAAUGCCGGCACCUUGUUCAUUGUCACGAGGGGCGUGUGUGGGCUGUGGCGUGGUCAGCUGCUGCGUCGGGUGUGGCAGCUGUGUCAGGUGUGUCGGGUGUGGGCACAGAGGACCGUGUUCUGUCAGCAGGGCAAGAUGGAAGGCUUGUUAUCUUGGAAGCUGACGGAGGCAAGCGUGUGUGUGUCCAUCACCUCCACCAGCCUGUCAGGUGUGUGGUGUGGGACGGGCAGCGGCUGGUGGUGUGUGGCAUGACCUCUGGCGACCUCCUGGUGUUUGACAUGGGGGCAGGCAAGGUCAUCUUCAAGCUCUCUGCACACCAAGGAGCCAUAUCCAGCCUGGCCUUGACCUCUGACCUCCGCUACCUGGCCACAGGUGGGGAGGACCGCCGGGUCAAGCUAUGGGGGGUGACCUCAGAAUGAUCUAAACUGACCUGUGAUGGCUGGAAUGGCUUUGGAUGGUGUGACCUCUCCCUCUCUCUAUAUGACCUGUGACCUGAGAUUUUGGUUUGAAGGUGGUGGUUGUUGUUGUUGUUGUUGUUGUUGUUGUUGUUGUUGCUAUUUAUCAUUAUUAUUAUUAUUAUUAUUAUUAUUAUUAUUAUUAUUAUUAUUAUUAUUAUUAUUAUUGAUGUUUAUGUAUGUGUGUGUGUGUGUGUGUAUGUGUGGGGGGAGAUAAUCUCUCUCUCUCUCUCUCUCUCUCUCUCUCUCUCUCUCUCUCUCUCUCUCUCUCUCUCUCUCUCUCUCUCUCUCUCUCUCUCUCUCUCUCUCUCUCUCUGAAAAGUUGUGAUAAUGGUUGUUAGAUAAAAAUAUAUAUCAAAAGAGUUAGUAAGAGUUAUAGCAGUUGUUAGGGUAGAUUAGGUUAGGUUAGGUUAGGUUAGGUGAAAGUUAGGUUAGGUUAGGUUAGGUGAAAGUUAGGUUAGGUUAGGUUAGGUGAAUGUUCCUGCAGGAUUCUCUCAUUGGUGCUGUGCAAGUGCUGGUUUAGAAUACUACUACUACUACUACUACUACUACUACUACUACUACUACUACUACUACUACUACUACUACUACUACUACUACUACUACUACUGUUUUUCUCCUCUUCCUCCUUUUCUUCCUUUUUCUCCUUUUUCUUCUGGUUCUACUACUACUACUACUACUACUACUACUACUACUACUACUACUACUACUACUACUACUACUACUACUACUACUUUUAGUGUAGUUUUGUGUAUAUAACUUAGAAUAUUAAAUGUGAUGUGGAAGAGGAGGAGGAAGAAGAGGAGAAAUUAUGAGAUAAGAAAGAGGAGAAGGAGGAGGGAAGGGAAGAGAAAUGGUGAGGAAGAGGAGGUGGAGGUGGAGAAGAGAAAAAGAAAGAUGAAAAGAAGAGGAGAAAGGAGGAAGAAGAGAGAUAAAGAAAAAGAAUUAAGAAGAGAAAAUAAAUGAAUGGAAGAAGAAGAGAAAGAAGAAGAGGAGGAUGAUAGUUAUAGUAUAUUUCAAGGCUUCCAAUAUUAUCACUAUUAUUAUUAUUAUUUUUAUCGUGUGUGUGUGUGUGUGUGUGUGUGUGUGUGUGUGUGUGUGUGUGUGUGUGUGUGUGUGUGUGUGUGUGUGUGUGUGUGUGUACCUCCCCUGCUGCUCAAAACUGUGAUAUAUGUACAUGUGUAUACUUUUCUAAGGUGUACAUGUAAGUAUUAAUACCUAUACAUACAUACAUACAAAUAUACGAAUAUUAAUAUUAACAAACAAUUUUUUUUUUCAUUCUCAAAAAAAAUAAAAGAUAAAUAUAUUGAUUUUUUUCAUUAUUAUUUUUUUGCUGUUGAAGUUUUUGAAAGGAGAUUCAAUCGAAAUAACAACAACAACAACAACAACAACAACAACAUUAAUGAUAUAUUAGAAAGAUCUAUAUUAUUAUCGUUAUUUUUCUGCACAAGCUAUCAUUACACAAUAUUAUAAUUAUUAUUUAUUGCACUUCUUAAUUUUAAAGAGAAUUGUUAUGAUACACACACGUACGAUAUCUGUACUCUAGUUUGUAGUUAACAUGAGCUUAACAAUAUUGUACGUAAUUUUAAAGUGAAUUAUGAAAGUUUGUAUAUAAAGAUGUUUUUAGAAUAUUUUUCUUACUUUAUUUUUUUUAAUUUUUUUUCCUAUUUUACUUUAUAAUUUCCUUUGUUCAUUUAAUCUUCUCGUUCAUUUUUUUUUUUAUGUUCAAUCUUUUUCUUUGUAAUUGUGUGUGUGUGUGUGUGUGUGUGUGUGUGUGUGUGUGUGUGUGUGUGUGUGUGUGUUCGUUCCCAAAAUGCCUUAAUAUAACUUGUACUACAAUCAUUUUAAAAGAGAAAAAGAUGAAAUUUUCACUAAAUAAAUAUACCUUUUUGAUAAUAA